GCGGAACUUAUUUUGCGUGCAGUUAUUUUAGCCGGUAGGAUUUAAGAACAGCUUCAUUUCCGGUACCACCGGAGGCAAUUUGAAAAUGGCGUCUACCUUGCCGAGCCGGCCAGUUACCGCAGCUGGAAAAAGUGAAUUUCGCAACGAGAAGUCGAAGCCGGAGGACAGAGAUGAAUCAGAACUCCUCACUGUUCCUGAUGGUUGGAAGGAACCAGCUUUUUCUAAAGAGGACAAUCCCAGAGGACUCUUGGAAGAGAGCAGUUUUGCAACUUUGUUCCCCAAAUAUAGAGAGGCUUAUUUGAAAGAGUGUUGGCCUUUGGUGCAGAAGGCCUUGAGUGAACAUCAUGUUAAAGCAACCCUGGACCUGAUUGAGGGCAGCAUGACUGUUUGUACUACUAAGAAGACUUUUGACCCAUAUAUCAUCAUUAGGGCCAGAGACUUAAUAAAACUGUUGGCAAGGAGUGUUUCAUUUGAACAGGCAGUACGGAUUCUUCAGGAUGAUGUCGCAUGCGAUAUCAUUAAAAUAGGUUCCUUAGUAAGAAAUAAGGAACGAUUUGUAAAAAGAAGACAACGGCUUAUUGGUCCAAAAGGCUCUACUUUGAAGGCAUUGGAACUCCUAACAAACUGUUACAUUAUGGUUCAGGGAAAUACAGUUUCAGCCAUUGGACCUUUCAGUGGCUUAAAAGAGGUUCGAAAAGUAGUUCUAGAUACUAUGAAGAAUAUUCAUCCCAUUUAUAACAUUAAAACCUUAAUGAUUAAACGAGAGUUGGCAAAAGAUUCUGAAUUACGAUCACAAAGUUGGGAAAGAUUCUUGCCACACUUCAAACACAAAAAUGUGAAUAAACGCAAGGAACCGAAGAAGAAAACUGUUAAGAAAGCAUACACACCAUUUCCACCACCGCAACCAGAGAGUCAGAUUGAUAGAGAAUUGGCUAGCGGUGAAUACUUUUUGAAGGCGAAUCAAAAGAAGCGACAGAAAAUGGAAGCAAUAAAGGCUAAACAAGCAGAAGCUCUCAGUAAAAGACAGGAGGAAAGAAACAAAGCAUUUAUUCCACCUAAAGAAAAAACAGUUGUGAAACCUAAGGAAGCAUCUACUGAAACUAAAAUUGACGUGGCUGCCAUCAAAGAAAAGGUUAAGAAAGCAAAGAACAAGAAACUGGGAGCCCUUACAGCUGAAGAAGUUAAGCUUAAGAUGGAAGCAGAUGAAAAGAAAAAGAAAAAGAAAAAGUAACAUUAAAAAAAUAACCAAAACCCCCUGAACCAGAAUUUAUAUAGCUAUCUCCUUUUGUAAAGGAUUUUGAAAGAUGACAGGGCAUUAGUUGCGUUAUGUGUGAGAAAUAAUAUUUCUGAGUUGCUUUUGUUUAUAUAAUAAUAUUCUUUAUAAAUAGAUUCUAUUCUUGUGUGUUUUGAAAUUUUUUGUGCUAGAAAGUCUUUUUAUACAUUGUACCUAAUCAGUUCCAGGCAGGUUUUGCCGAAGCAUGAGUUUAGGAGUAACUUUUAAGUGUUUUUAUAUAUAUACUUUUGGAAUGUGACUAUUGUAAUUUUUCAUUAAAUCAAAGUCUGAUUUCAUUGGUUAGUUUUUAAACAUAAUCAUGUCCCAGCAUUUGGUUUUGAGGAAAAUAAAUGCCGGUUUUUCAGUGCAUUCUUUCUCCCUAAUUAUACCUUCUUACAAUUUCCUUUAUUUCAUUUUAAGAUUAAACAGCAGAUAAGCAGAAAAUCGAGACCUCUGAAAUCAAAUCCUUUAGUUACCAAGUCUGGGGAAGUGUUAAACCAGAAAAAUACCACGCUGCAAGAGAACAGGGAAACCAGGUACUUUAAGUGGAGGCCGCAUGUGAGAAAUAACUGUCAGUGGAGUUAACUUGGAAAAGCCUAGCUCAUUCAUUCUACAGAUUUGGAAACUGAAGCUAUGAAUGAGGUUACUUACGGGAAGCCUAGCUGUGGCAAUCUGAAAACAAUGCUUAUUCAUAAAAAAGUGGAAAGUAAAGGGGAGUUAUAUUUAGGAAGUCGAACCAUUUUUCUUUUGAGCAAGUCUUCACUGCAGCAGUAUAUGUUUUUUCUAUUUCACUUUAAAAUGGAAAUUAGAAAUAUACCCAAUUGUUAUUUUUUUUAAAGCCAUAUGAAUAUGUCUCUCCCUCUCCCCCCCCAGAUUAUAUUAGUCCAAAAGAGUUAAAUUAGGGUAUUUGUCCUUUACCCAAAUGGUAAUUAUGACAGACAUUAUUAGAAUUAUUGAAUUAGCAAUAAGAAAGAGAGAUGUGUAUCUGUUUCUUGAAAAUAUGAACCAGCCUGGAUACACAACAGAGUAGUAACCUGUGAAAUAAACAUAGAAAGUCCUCUUAGACAUUGUUUCUCAUAAUGCAAUGAUAUAAAUCACAUAGAGUUUAAUAAAACAAUUUAAGAUUUAUAUACAUACGUUUGACCUUGUCUCGCUUUGGAUUAACUGUGAAGUCAGGGAGAAUUUAAAAAAAAAAAAAAGUUAGGUACAGGUAAGAUUUUUUAUUAAAACAAAGUCUUUAUAACCAUUUACUUGA